GAUACUCGGCGUCUACUCCUGCACUGCUCCUUUGGACGAGAAAUAAAAAGAUGGCAGCCAAACUGGCAAUCCUUGUGGCGAUGGUGGGCUUAGCGGCAGCAACACCUGAAGCCGAUCCGAAGACCAGCACCCAUCACCACGGCUACUUCCCCGUCUACGCCCACCACACCUACUGCGACGCGACGGUGGCCCCGACCUGCGCCCAGAACUCCACCCUGAACUACUGCCUCGAUGACGAAGAGUACCCCCAGUACGAGAUCAAGGCCUACGUCCACGCCGACAUCGUUUUCCUGAAGAAGUACGCCGACAUCCCCUCCCAAUCCGCCGACGACCUGGUGGACGGGAUCACCAAGGAGCAGGAGGAAGGCUUCGACUACUCCUACUACACAGGUGCUUCCACGGGCGACUCCCCUUACGACCUGACCCACUGGUCUGGUCCUGAAGGCUAUCUCUGCCCCUCCGACGUGGUGUACGCCAUGCCCAGGCGUGCCCGUAACGUCGAGGGAAAGUGGCGUGUGAUUGUCAACGACGUGCAUUACUACACCCAGACUGCACGGCUUGAGACCUGCUUGUUCCCAGGAGCCGCGUGCCGCGCCCUCGCCCCGUGCUUCAGCAGCACCUGCACCCAGAAGUACAUCUACCACCGCCUCCUUUCAUGGGAUCCCUGUGACCCAUACAAGGGCCUCUUCAUCGACGCUUACAGGCUGCCCGCCGCGUGCUCGUGCCAUGUGCCCACUCUGUAAGGCCCCUCUCGUACCUCUUCAUGGUGAGUUGUAAAGGAUUCUCAAGCAUAUUUGUCUCAAACUCCGAAUUAUGAUAAUGAAGCCUAGUUAAAUAUCAAAGAAGAUACUGGUCAAUUUAGAACAUUUGUUUUAAAAAAUCAAAUUUAUUGUUUGAGGAAUACUUGAAAGUCUCACAGACACUACCACAUGCUCAUAACUGUCUAGUUGGAAAAGGUGUUGCUAGUUGGAAAAUGGCUGCCUGAUUUUGACAAUAUCUUUAUAUUUUUAUAGUAUACUAUGCUUUUAUGGUUCCUCAAAUUCUAUCCAGAGCGUUCGUGCUAAGACGACUUCUGAUUAACCAAAGAUACAAAGAAUUGCUUUCUUUUAAUUCGCCGCCAUCGUGUGACGUCAAACAGAGUCGUCUUAACACGUUCUUUAAAUUUGCUCCUUCUUUCCCACGACGCUUUCACUGAUGAAAAAAUAUUAUGUCGAGAGUCUAUGCAUUAAAUUACAGUUCCAAAGUUCAUUGCUUUUGGUUUGGAAAAAAAUACAAAUCCUUAUUAUCUCGCACCAUAAAUUACCAGACUGUUGCUUUGUUGCAUUCAUUAUUUUACAGUUGUUUCAUAAAAGUAUUGUGUCACCAUGAAAAAAGUUAUAUUUUUUUGAAAGAAGACUCAGACAAAAAUAUUCAUAUGAGAGCGAAUUGAUGAAUACUCUGUAUAUAAGAUUAAGAUUUAAUUGACAGAAACAAUAAAGAUAUUAAGAUGA